GCUGCCUCUGCCUCCGGCGGAGGUUUCAGUACCUCGGAGAACGGCUGCGAGCGCACCGGGCGGGCGGGAGCCGCCGCCGCCGGCUGGGACCGCAGCCGCCGCCGCCGCCCUCCGCUCACCUGCCCCGCUCCUCUCCUACUCCGCCCCUCCCCGCGCUCGCGCCGCGCCAGCCUCAGGCGCCCCCGGGGACCGUUAAGAACCGUCGCCUCAGAGCGAGCGGCCGCGCGAGGCGCGUCGCCCCGGUUACCCCCGGCGCCGAGGGAGUCCGGUCCCCCUGGAGCGGCCCUGGGGGCACGGCGACGGCACAGGCUCGUUGACCGGGAAGGGUGGGAGAAGGCUGAGGGGGUCCGGCACCUCAGGGACGGGACAGGUGGUCAGUCCGGGACGGCCGGGCUGGCUGAGGGGGUCGCUCGUUACCGUCGUUCGGUCCUCACGGAGCGGCAACCGGGUGAGGGACUCCCACCCCGCCGUGGGGCGGCCGCGCACCCUCCUGGCCAGGAGCCCGAGGGGCAGAGGAGGGUCAAGGGCAGCAGCGGCUGCCGGCACUCGCUGGGGUGGGCAGAUAACUAGAUAGCGGGAGUCGCGGCUGCGGGACGAGAGCGGUGGCGGGGAGAGGGAAUCCGCUCCUCCGAAAGCCUGGCAGCAAAGAUACCCCUGACUGAAGGGGUUUUGAGGAGAAGAGGAAAUUGAAUGUAGUCGAAUUUUUGUAGUUUUGUUAAAAUAAUCAAGUACCGAAGGCAAAUCUUAGGCAGAACAGAUAGACAGAUGGAGUCUACUGUUUUGGAUGCAGACUUGAUUUUUUCAUUUACUUUUCGGUUUUAACCACUACUAAAUGUGGAUUUUGUGAGAGAACCCGAUGGCGGUUGUUCCAUUGUUCCUUGUUUGAACGUAAAUCUUAGUUUGCUGCUUGUGGAUUGUUUUUUUAAAUUAUUUUUUAAAAGGACCUUUCCAGGUAGCUUUUCCGUCUGACAAAAUGAAGCCUUUGUAUUUUUCAAUCAAUUAUACCUAAUAGUGACAUUUUGUUUGGUACAAGGGACUUAAAGUGCUGCCUCACUCGGAGGACCAUUAAAGACUUUUUCUUUUGCUACGUGUAGCUUAAUGUGUUACGACACAUCCUUUCUCCCCCCCAAAAUCUUCCAAAAGAUUUUUCCAAAAUGAAGAAAUUUAAUUUUCGCAAAGUUUUGGAUGGUUUAACUGCCUCAUCCCCCGGUGGAAGCAGUGGUGGUGGAAGUGGGGCUGGUGGUGGCUCCGUGCACCCAGGAGGGACUGCAGGAGCUGCAGGGACUCCCAGAGAUGAGAUCCAGGAGACGCUCACUUCAGAUUAUUUUCAAAUUUGUAAGACGGUUCGCCAUGGUUUUCCUUAUCUACCCACUGCCUUAGCUUUUGACCCAGUUCAGAAAAUUCUGGCAAUUGGAACAAGAACAGGAGCCAUACGAAUAUUGGGCAGACCUGGUGUUGAUUGCUACUGCCAACAUGAAAGUGGUGCUGCAGUCCUGCAGCUCCAGUUCUUAAUCAAUGAGGGUGCUUUGGUCAGUGCAAGUGCAGAUGAUACACUUCAUUUGUGGAAUCUCCGACAGAAACGACCAGCUAUCCUACAUUCUCUGAAAUUUAACAGAGAAAGGAUUACUUACUGCCAUCUACCUUUCCAGAGUAAAUGGCUUUAUGUUGGAACAGAGAGGGGAAAUACACACAUUGUAAAUAUUGAGUCCUUCAUUCUUUCUGGAUAUGUUAUCAUGUGGAACAAGGCAAUAGAACUAUCUACAAAGACUCACCCUGGGCCAGUUGUACAUUUAAGUGACAGCCCAAGAGAUGAGGGAAAGCUAUUGAUAGGCUAUGAAAAUGGGACUGUAGUACUCUGGGACUUACGAUCUAAAAGAGCUGAUCUGAGAGCUUAUUAUGAUGAGGCUAUUCAUUCUGUUGCUUGGCAUCAUGAAGGGAAACAGUUCAUGUGCAGUCACUCUGAUGGCAGCUUGACCCUAUGGAAUCUGAAAAGUCCUAACAGACCAUUCCAGACCACAAUUCCACAUGGAAAAAUUCAGAGAGAUGGAAAAAAACCUGAAUCUUGUAAACCAAUUCUUAAAGUAGAGUAUAAGACAUGUAAAAACAGUGAACCAUUUGUGAUAUUUUCUGGUGGAUUGUCAUAUGAUAAGGCUUGUCGAAGACCAAGUUUAACAAUCAUGCAUGGGAAAGCAAUUACAGUUCUUGAAAUGGAUCACCCUAUAGUUGAUUUUUUAACUCUUUGUGAAACCCCAUAUCCAAAUGAAUUUCAAGAACCCUAUGCUGUAGUUGUGCUUUUGGAAAAAGAUCUCAUUGUUGUUGACCUGACACAAAGCAAUUUUCCAAUCUUUGAAAAUCCAUAUCCUAUUGACAUUCAUGAGUCACCUGUUACCUGCACAGAAUAUUUUGCGGACUGUCCUCCAGAUUUGAUUCCCGUACUCUAUUCUGUAGGAGCAAAACAUAAAAAGCAAGGAUACAGCAAUAAGGAGUGGCCUAUCAGUGGUGGAGCAUGGAACCUUGGAGCUCAGACAUAUCCUGAAAUCAUUAUUACAGGCCACGCAGAUGGAUCAGUAAAGUUUUGGGAUGCUUCUGCCAUUACACUACAGAUGUUGUACAAAUUAAAAACAUCAAAGGUCUUUGAAAAACAAAAACUGGGAGAAGGAAAAGCAACAGCUGAGAUUGUGGAAGAAGAUCCUUUUGCUGUUCAGAUGAUGUACUGGUGUCCUGAAAGCCGAAUUUUCUGUGUGGCAGGAGUUUCUGCAUAUGUGGUUGUUUACAGGUUCAGCAAACAUGAAGUAAAUACUGAAAUUGCAUCAUUAGAGGUACGACUUCAGUAUGAAGUAGAAGAUAUCAUUACUCCUGAGCCAGAAAUAAUUCCUCCAUUUCCAGAUGCCUCCUCCCAGCUUCCUUCUUUAAAGAGCCUUUCAGGCAGUACCAACACUGUAGCAUGUGAAGGAACAAUGAAAGAUAGUAUCCCAUGUCUUAGCGUUAAGACUCGACCUGUGCGAAUGCCUCCUGGAUACCAAGCAGAUCUUGUUAUUCAAUUGGUGUGGGUGGAUGGUGAGCCUCCACAACAGAUUACCAGUCUUGCUGUAAACUCUGCUUAUGGACUCGUGGCAUUUGGAAACUGCAAUGGUUUGGCUGUUGUGGACUUUAUGCAGAAGACAGUACUGCUGAGCAUGGGAACCCUUGACCUAUAUGGAUCAAGUGAUCCAUACCAGCGUCAACCCCGUUCACCUCGCAAAAGCAAGCAGUUUGCUGCAGACAACUUUUGCAUGCGUGGCCUGUCUAACUUUUAUCCAGAUUUAACGAAACGGAUCCGUACUUCCUAUCAGAGCCUGACUGAACUCAGUGACAGUCCAGUUUCCCUGGAGCUAGAGCGUUGCAAGUCUCCCACUUCAGGUAAAGAUCAUGUGAACGGUCACUGUACAAGUCCGACAUCCCAGAGCUGCAGUUCAGGAAAACGACUUUCCAGCGCAGACGUCUCAAAAGCAAACCGCCGAGGGCCUGGGAGGCCCCCCUUCAGAAAAGCGCAGUCUGCAGCCUGCAUGGAGAUUUCUCUCCCAGUCACCACAGAAGAAAAUAGGGAAAACUCCUUCAGCCGUUCCCGAAGCUCCAGCGUGUCCAGUAUCGACAGGGACUCGAAGGAGGCAAUUACUGCUCUGUACUUCAUGGAGUCCUUUGCCCGAAAGAAUGACUCUGCCGUCUCCCCCUGUCUCUGGGUUGGAACAGGCCUUGGUAUGGUCUUAAUCCUCUCCCUUAAUCUGCCUGCUAGUGACGAUUUACGGCAGUCAGAGCCAGUCAUGGUGUCGCCAAGCGGCACAGUUCUGACACUGAAAGGAGCCGUGCUGACCUUCGCGUGCUUGGACUGCAUGGGGACGUUGACACAUCCACCGUAUGAAGUAUGGAGGGACCCACACAGUGCUGAUGAUGGUGAAAAAACAAGGAAAAGGAAACUUGUCAUGCAUUCCCCUUCCUCUUCCCAGGAUAUGGGUGAUCAUCAAUUUGCAGUCAUUUGUUCAGAAAAACAAGCCAAAGUCUUCUCAUUGCCUUCCCAAACAUGUCUUUAUGUCCACAACAUCACCGAAACGUCCUUUUUAUUGCGAGCAGAUGUGGUCACCCUCUGUAACAGCGUCUGUCUGGCGUGCUUUUGUGCCAAUGGGCACAUCAUGACACUGAGCUUGCCCAGCCUUCGUCCUCUGCUGGACAUCAACUAUUUGCCUGUGACAGACAUGAGGAUAGCGCGGACCUUCUGUUUCACUAAUGAAGGGCAAGCUUUGUAUCUCAGCUCUCCCACAGAGAUCCAGCGCCUGACAUACAGCCAGGAGAUGUGUGACAAUCUGCAGGACAUGCUUGGGGAUUUGUUUACUCCUGUGGAAACACCAGAAGCCCAAAACAGAGGCUUUCUCAAAGGACUUUUUGGAGGAAGUGGACAAGCUUUUGACAGAGAGGAGCUUUUUGGUGAGGCCACAGCAGGAAAAGCCUCUCGCAGUCUUGCCCAGCACAUCCCUGGAUCGGGUGGAAUUGAAGGCGUGAGAGGAGCCGCAGGAGGAGUCAUCGGGGACUUGACUCGUGCACGCAUUGCCCUUGAUGAGAGAGGACAGAAACUGGGAGAACUGGAUGAAAGGACUGCAAGCAUGAUGGCCAGCGCGGAGGCAUUUUCCAAACAUGCACACGAGGUGAUGCUGAAAUAUAAGGACAAAAAAUGGUACCAGUUUUAGACUUUCAAAGAAGCUGCUUGUGGCUUUAUUAAGAACACUUUUCAGGGAAGCAACAUUCAUUCCCAAAUCUACCAGUCACUGGCCAGAGACAGUUUUUUUCUCCUAGAAGAUGUUUUCCUGUUACUAUUAUUGGAUUCAUCACAGUGGGAGUCAAGGAGAAAUUUUACAGACCAUGAGAUGGAAGCUAGAAUCAAGUGGGUCUUACUCUAACAGCUGGCUCAUGCAGUAGCCAAUUUUUUUCCAAAAGGAACUCAACCAUCACUGUGGCAUGUAGUUUUUCAGAAGCUGUAGGUAUGAACUGUGGGGAGUGCAUCUGGUUAAAAAUACUCUGUACAAAUUCAAAUGUUAAUGCACUUAUAAAACGUUGCAUGGCUAAUUGACAUCUUAAAAAAAAAAAAAGAGAAAAUGAAAGCAUGUUGUGACUGAAGAAAAAUGGGAUUUAUUUCUAUUCUGAGGAAAAAAAUACUUAAAUGGCAAAAAUCUUUAUUUUUUAAAAGUGACAUUACUAAAAGCCAGUACAUUUCAAGCAUGUUUGCCACCAUCUCAACAUAGAAAUGAGGUGAGCUACAUUUUCUUAUCUGCUAUUUAUUUCCCUUGAAAAACCUUGCUUGAAAUCCGUGCUCUUUAACAGCUACCAGAAGAAUAAAAAACUUCAAAAUCCUAUGUCCCAAAUUUACAGAUUUUUCAAGUAGCGAGACAGGCACUAUCUGAAAUGUCAUUAAAAUAUGAGCAUAGAUGGUUUAUUUGCAAUUCAGAGCACAUGACACGUCAUCCUUAUCUGUACUUUUUAAAAUGUGCUCUAGAUUCAUCUUGGUUGUCCUUGAAGGGGGCUGCGGCAUUUUUCAUCCCCAUGGUGGCUGUAGCACUUAGUUGCCUUAUUUCUCAGCAGCUUAGGAGAUCUCUUCUUCAAGAUAGGAAAGGCAAGAUGGGAAGCCACAGGGCUACAAGUUGGAGAGUCCUGUCGAGUUCUGCUCACAGAAGCUGCAGAUGAGUGGUUUUUUUUUUCCUUAGGCGGCCCGUUGAAAUUAUGCUAAGGAAACAGCACAGUAACACCGCCCUCCUCCCAACCCACCCCCUCCACCCCCCCACCCCCCCCAAGCUGGGUGAGAGAUCACAGCAGCAAGACAAAAUGAUGGGCCGGGGAGGAGCAUGGAAAACAAUUGUCAACAUAGGGUGCUGAAUUGGUACACAUAUAAAGUGACACCAGGGGUGAGUGGCAACGGAUUUUCUGCUCGCAUUGCUAAAGGUAAUUUGCUUCUGCUUCAGCGUGGCUUGUUCUGCAGAGUGAGCUCUGCAGAAAACUCUCCAACCUGCAGCUACGGAAGAGAACAGAAAGUAGAACCUAUUACCUGUCUAGGCAAAUAGAGUCCUAGUCCAUGAGUGUGCUGCAGCCACAGUAGCCUACGAGAGCCUCACUGCCACACAGGUCAACUGUUCAGUUAGAAAUUUUUCCAAGAUGGGCUUGGAAACAAGGUACUGAAGGCUUGUUUUCAUGUGCCUGGACAUAGUUUCAAAUUAGAAAAGGAAGUGAGGAAAAGGUGGAAAAGGACCAUUUAAAAAUUUUCUAUACGAGGAGUGACAUCCUCUGUCCCUUCAAGGAGUCCUGACAGACACUGAUGCAGACAGAGGCAGCAUCCCCCUCCUAACUAGACCAUAACUUCUGGUGUUUAUAUCAUCCUAGUGUUCAGAUCUCUCAACGAUGCCUUUCCCAUAUCCAUCCUUUUCUUACAACAAAUUGGAGCCCAGGAAAUUGUACAGUCCAGAAGUUUGGCUUCACAGUCAGCCCAGCUGCACAAGUUGGAACAGAUCUGAGGUGUCAAGUUUUAAAUUCAGUGUAGCACAACAGAAAUUUCAUGCUUUACAGGACAUAAACAUUUCUCUGUGGGCAAAAUCAAAAUGAUCGCCCUGACAGGUCUAGCUCAUCUGGGAACUGAGACUCAACAAGUUCCUCUCUGUCACAGGAGAAACUGCUCUAUAAUUGUGAGAACUGUGGAAAUGUGUUGGGAACAAAGUCAAAGCCCAAGCAAUGCCUAGGUGUCUGCUGAGAGGUAAGGAACUGGAGUUGUCCAUGAGCCGAGAGGAUGUCUGCAUGCAUGGGUGUGAGGAAACAGCAAACUCACCUCUCUGGUGCCAACAGGAACUGGGCUGGGGUGGUUCUUCCAGCAGCCAGGUCACCAAACUGGCCACUUCAUGUGUGAGGAAGCACCACUGUAACCAGGCACCUAGAGCGAGAAAUAAAUGAGAGCAAUGUUAUAGCAAUUGUUUAAAUGUAUAUUUGCUCUGGCCUAUACGCCAAAGCCACUGGUCUCUGGGCAACAAAAUCAUUUGGGGCAGCUUUCAAACCCUCCAGCCAGCUUUAUAGCCCUUAUUCUUCCUGCCUUUGCUUGUACAGAGAAGCAAAGCAGUCUGCAUUAAUACUGGGCCAAGGCCGCCCUACCAGUGUUGGCUCUGUCCCCAGGUCCACGCUGGCUUCUGCCCCAGUCUGGCUGUACAGAUGGAAAGGCCGUUGCCAGUUCUAGCACGGCACCAGUUUGCACUACGAACUGGUGUGACACAGUCAGCCUUUAACAAUGCAGCCCAGGGCAGCAGUGGCGCAUGCUGCAGGACCAAGGCAGCAGUCGGUUCAUUUCCAUGACAAGGAAGCUACUGGUUCUGCAUAAGUGUUUGGGUAUACAUCACGUGGGUGGCUAACAUUGCAAAGGUCCCCGUUACCUUGAUUUCAGUGGAAAUGUCUUUGGGCUGGAGCUAGAGCCCGCUCGCUCAUGUAAGAACCAAAUAUAAAAAGCUUAAGAGCAACUUUUAAUCGCUAAGCACUACAGCACACCCAGAGAGAAAAGUGUCUUCAACAAGUCAUUGACACAAUGCCUGACUGACUUUGGCUGCCAACAGUCUCUAGCUUAACACUGGGGGGGGGGGGGGGAUGCAAACCUGUUCAGUAGAUUUCCAUUUGCAUUUUUAUGCAAUAGAAAAAUGAGAAUCUAGCAUCCCUCAAACUUACAAUUUUUAAUACUAAACUUUUAAGUAACUUUUCUCUGUUACUCCCCAUCAGGUCACAGCUGUAUCAUGCUUUCCACUCUUACAUAUUUUACAUAUUUCCAGACCGUUACAAAUGACUAUUUCUGUUCAGUUCACCACUUGUGACUAUAAUUAUCAAUUUUCUUGUAGUCUAUAGAGAUCUAAAAAGUUGUAUAUGUUUGUAUAUAGAACAUACUAUAUAUAUAAAUAUAUAUAUGUAAUGUAUAUGUUGUAUAAGUUUGUUAGUGCACACUGUUAAAUGCUUUCUAUCAAGAUUUAUCAUCUAUGUGGGGGGAAAAAAAAAAAAAAAAAAACAACAAACCAAACUUCACUUAAAAACUUCAACGAGGGAGGAAAAAAAAACCUCUUGCCUGGUUGAUUUAUUGUGAAAUGAGGGGGAGUGUGGGAUUUUUGAAAGGCCUGACCUGACCACUGCUAAAGGCUGUUAGUGAAAGGAAUAAAGCUGUGGCAUUCUGAGCAACAAGCACAGCAUCUGACCAGACCUGCUGUAAGAAAAACUGAGGGCAGCAGCUGUCACUGGUUGUUGAAAUCAUGUGCUUUCACCUUUCCUGCUAAGGCAGCACCACCUCAAGCAAAAUCCUAAACUUAGAGGGAUCUUCAACAUCACAAUCCUCAGUUACAAUAGCUCAAAUUGGCUGGAAAUAUUUGUUCAAUUUAAAAUGCUUUUUGUUCAUCUGGAUACCCUGUUCCCUCACAUUCUUCUUUACAGGAGCACUUGAUCACAAGCACAUCCAAAAACCAGACACGCAGAACAUCCAACAGCACACACGCCCCUCUAGGUCUGACCAGAUGUGUUUCAACUUAUGCAUAGAGCUGUAGAUAGACAGAGUAUACAGAGAAAAAUACAUUAAUUAGAAUAUUAUUUAUUUUUUAUACAUUUUCACAGUUGGCAAGUCUUCAAUGAAGUACAAGCUAUUUUAUUUAAAAGAAUAAAAUAAAAUCCAUUCCUAGAGUUUUAACUUAAGCAUCAUGUCUUGAAUUAAAAGACAAGAUAAAGGAAAAUUUGAGAAUCAGGUUUUGUUUUGUAUAAUGACCUAUUUUCUAAUGUUUGGUUUUCUUUACAGCUCUACAGUUCAACUAGACAUCAAUUAGACUUUCCCUAUAUUACCAGAAUAUAGCUUCUUACACAAAUAUAUGUAACAGAAAUUUACUACACAUAUUAUAUAAAAUUAG